AUGGCGACCUACGGAGCGGAGGAGCAGGCGGCGUGCAUCGUCGCCAAACCUUUCUCUAAUGGCGUGUUCUAUCACGAGGAGCCCCUCAGAGACGCCAUCCCCCUCUUCAUGUUACAGAUCAUCAUCACUGUCCUCACCUCCCGCAUCAUCUACUUCCUCCUCCGCCCCCUCAGGCAGCCUCGGAUCGUCUGCGACAUCAUCGGUGGUAUACUUUUGGGACAUCCGAUAUUGCCGUCUCUGCUUUCCCGAUUGCCUUUCUUCCCCCGUGGUACGUUCGACCACCUCAUACGGAAUUACACGGAGAUGCUGUUCCGACGAGAUGCGCUGUCCCUGACCCGCACCAUGGCCGCUUACGGCGUCAUGCUCAAGUUCUUCUUGAUCGGUGUCAAGAUAGACCCUCGCGACGCUUGGCGAUGCGGGAAGAAAGCCUUCUUCAUCGGCUUCUGCAGCAUGAUGGUGCCCUUCGUGGUCCUCCUCCCGUUCGGUCGGCUGUUCAAGAGCCGGGAAUAUGUCCGAGAGGACAAGAGUACCAUCAGCGUCGUGGAUGGCAUCGGGCAGGCGAGCGUAUUCAUCGACAUUGCCGCGACGGUCAGUGCCUCCUCCCCGCCGGUGUUGGCGGACAUCCUCACGGAGCUUCGGCUGCUCAACACCGAGCUUGGCCGCCUCGCCAUGUCGGCGUCCAUGGUCAAUGAGCUAACCAGGUGGACCAUCUUCGCGGUCUUUCCGGUGGUCCAACUGAGCUGGAACAAGAACGGCGUCAUCGGAGCACUGCUGGAGCUGGUAACUUCCCUCGCCAUCGUGAUCUCCGUUUUCGUCAUGAUCAACCUAUGGAUGCGGUGGAUCGUGAGGAGGACCCCGAAGGGUGGCCGCAUUGGGGAAGUGCACAUCUUGAUGGUUAUGCUGGCUGUGCUGGCCAUGGGCGUCAUGAGUGAUGCCUUUGGGCUGGGGUUCAUGGACGCGCCGCUGAUCAUGGGGCUCUUAGUGCCGGAUGGACCGCCGCUGGGAAUGGCGUUGGUGGAGCGCUUAGAGCUCAUAUCGACGGAAGUACUGCUGCCGGUGUUCUUCUUGGGCAUAGGGUGGGCGACCGACUUCGCUUCCAUCCAUCAACCCGUGCCGCUGCUGUGGUUGCUUCUGUUCAUGCUCGCGGGGCAUGUCGUCAAGGUCCUCGUCGCCGUGGCGCCCGCCGUCUAUAGCAAGUCGUCGAUCCGCAACGCCGCCGUGCUGGGGCUCAUGUUGAACUUUAAAGGUCUGGUGGAGCUCAUGGUCUACCUCAAUUUGAAGAACGUCACUGCGUUGAACCCUGCAGGCUACGUGGCUGUUGUGGUCGGCAUCGUCAUUGCCACGGCCAUCUCCUCGCUGCUGGUCUCCAUCCUCUACGAUCCCCUUAGCUCAAGCGGCAUGGUGGGCAAUCGAACGCUGCAGCACCUCAAGCCGCACGAACAGUUCUGCUUCGUCGCCUCGGUUCUCAACGAGGGCCCCGUCCCGAUGCUUCUCAACCUCGUGGAGGUGUCGUGCGCCGACGAGCAGAGCUCGGUCUGCGCCUACGUGCUGCACCUCGUGGAGUUGGGCGGCCGGGCGAGCUCCAGCCUCAUCGCUCACCGGAACCACAAGGACGUCUUCGUCAACCUUGGUCAAAUGGACCGCGUUCACAACGCCUUCAUCAACGUCGAGAAGAAGAAGGAGGGGGUCGUCGUCGUCCACCCCUUCACUGCCAUUUCCCCCUACGCCACCAUGCACCAGGACAUCUGCUCCCUCGCCAUGGAGAAGAAGGUUCCUUUCAUCAUCGUUCCAUAUCCGAGAAAGGAUUCUGGAGGCAGCAGAGAGGUAGAUCAGGCAGCUCGAAGCAUUAUUCCCCAGGUCCUCUCACAGGCUCCAUGCUCGGUGGGCGUCCUCAUCCACCAGACUCUCACCAGCUCCAGGCCGCUCGCUCUCGAACACUUCAACUACUGCGUCAGAGUCCUCUUCUGGGGCGGCAACGACGACCGAGAAGCGCUCGCUUACACUGCACGCCUGGCGCGGCACGCAGGCGUCCGCAUCUUCGUCAGCCGGUUCAUGCCUCAGGUCCACCGGAAGGAAGAAAAGGAGAUGACAUGGGACGACAUGAUCUUCAAGGAGUUCACGAGGGCGAACGCCGACAACGAGCGGGUGGCGGUGGAGGAGAUCGCGGUGAAUGACGUCAACCAAAUGAUCUCUACCAUCCGAUCCAUCGAAAUGGAGUGCGACCUGGUGAUCGUCGGGCGGCGGCAGUGCAGCGGCUCGUUGCUCGACGAGGCGUUAUCGGAGUGGACGGAAUCGCCGGAGCUGGGGGUGGUCGGCGAUAUGCUUGCCUCCUCCGAUUUCGCUAACUACUCGUUCUCCGUUCUCGUAGUCCAGCAGCAUGGCUCAUGA